AUAAUUGGUUUUGGAGAUGUAGUCGCUGAUGAUUAUCAUCCGGAAAAAUCCACUAUUGAAAAAAACGGGCAAUUCUAUGUUUAUCCGAUCGAUAAAGCAGGAAACGAAAGAAGUGUAGAAAAAGUGAAAGAAUUUUUGCGAGCAAAAAGAACAAAAGAUGGCUACGAAAUUGAAAUUGGCAAGGAGUUUGGGCUAUACAAAACUGUUUGGAUAGAUAGCCGAUACAAUGCGGUUAUACACGGGACCAAACUAAUUAAAGAUGGCACCACGGCUCAUGCGGUAUUAGAACUUAAUAAGCAAGACGGAGGCAACCGGAAAUUUAUCCUCUGCGAGCAAAUGGAUUAUAUUGAAACCGUAACCAAAGAAAGAAUUAGAAAAGUUUGUGAAAUUGAUAAUAAAGAGCCAAAAAGUAUUGAUAAUUCCAAGCAAGAAUUUACAGAUUUACCAUUUAUCGACCAGCAAAAAUUUUUGAUUUCUCUGCUGGAUAAAAAUCUUUUGUAUGUUCCUUACUGCGAUAUGGAAGACAAGGAUUAUGGAAUAUCCGAUGAGGUUAAAAAGUUGAAUUAUGGAUUUUAUGAAAAUAAGGUUUUGGCAAAUGCUUCUCUCGGGAUGAUGAAAGAAGCGGCAAAGAAGGAACAUUUUUAUAGACUUCUCCAUGCCGGACCAUUUAAUUGGUGUAAAGUUAUAUAUCAUUGCCAAAUUUUAUUAGUGGACAACUUUACGACAAGUCUACCUAAUUCCCAAACUCAACAGAAGAAGACAACAACUACAAAUGAGUAUAAUAAUAGGUCGAUAAUGGGUGCUGGCAUUGCUGGGGCCGGUGUUGCGUUGGUUGCCGAGCAAGUUAGUCCUGGUUCAACUAAACGUUUUUUCGAAAGCAUCGGAUUUAGAAGUAAAGAAGUUGACCCAGAAUUAAUUCACAAAGCCGAGCAAGAAAUUACUGAUAUUUUGAAUCGAAAAUUUGUUAGUGAAAACGAGAAUGAAGAAGAGGAAAAGGAAUUCCGGGAACAACAAUUAGCCGAUUUAGAAAAGAUUAGAGACCAAUCUGAAUGA